AUAAGGGGGCCAGCAAUGAAAGGACUGGGACUGUUCAUUUUCAGUGCAAUUCUGGUGUCUGCUCACACCCUCACUGUGGAAGCACCGGCGAAGCAAAUCCAAGUGGCAAGAGGAAGCAAUGCUACCCUGCGCUGUAAUUUUAAAACAAAUGUUGUUAUUGACAGAGGAGACAUGGUUUUCUGGAGGAAAAUCUAUACCGAGUCUGAUAUUAUUUCACGGUAUUUCGAUGGGUUCGUGCGCUAUGCGGAGGGCUACGACCAUCGCAUCCAGUUCAUUGGUGAUGUUGACAGUGGGGACAUCAGCAUCACCCUGAGUGCUGUGACCAUGGAGGACAACGGGACCUACGUCUGCGCCGUCCGCCUCCGGAACGAUGAGUCCCCAAAGUCCGUACGCCUGGAUCUCCAAGUCCUCGUUGCACCAUCCAAGCCUGAGUGCAAGAUUCUGGGGACACCAGAAUAUGGACAGACAAUCAACCUAACUUGUGUUUCUCACGAGGGCUCCCCAACGCCCACAUACAGCUGGAAAAGCUUCGAUGUGCAAAAUCAGCCCCGUGCGCUACCACACACAAAAGGGCAACAACUAACCCUGAAGAACGUCUCAGCAGACACCUCUGGCUUUUACAUCUGCACUUCAACAAAUACCGUGGGAGCGGAAUUUUGCAACAUGACAGUCAGCAUCAUGCCACCAUCCAUGAACAUAGCCCUGUAUGCUGGCAUCAUUGGGGGAGUUGUUGCUGCCAUUGUGGUGAUUGGGAUCAUUGUCUAUUGCUGCUGCUGCCGGAAAGAGAAGAACACCGACUAUGAGAUGACGGUGCAAGAAGACAGAAAUGAACCCUCCAGGCAGAUGCCACCACCAAGGAAUGAGAGCAUAAGGGAGGAUGUGGAGAAUGCAUGA